UCUGUUUAUAUGCCUCCCAUGUCAACACCUCGCUCCCUCACCGACUCGAUUCUCUCCCUGUCCGCCUUCACUGUUGCCUGUUCGGCGCUUUGCUUCGCUUUCCUAGGUCUUUGCAGUCUUGUGCCGGUUUGAAAUGCAUUGUGUUCGUUGCUGAUAGCCCCUGUCCUCAUUGUUUACAUCUCCUCGAACUCUAAGCUGCAUCGGCGAUUCUUCCACUUCUCGGCUCUGUCGCCAGUCCUUUUCCCCGUUGCUCGACUGGGCAUGUUCUCGUCGCUAUUACGCCCUGCGCGGAGUCGAAGACGUCGCGAUUCUUCCACCCUCUCCUCCCACGCUGCGACGGCCGAAUCUCCAGAUGCUGUGCGUGGCAGUGCCUACCGUACCCGCACUCGGUCCUCCGAAAGAGGGUACGACGAGCUGCUAGGGGAAGACGAACAAAUCUCAGACAUCGAGGAGGAAGAUGAGAACGAGGAUGAGGAUGGAGACGCCUUUGAAGAGGAAGAAGACGAGGAUGAUGAUCCUAACGACUUUGACGAGGACGGACCUGCGGACACAGCACCACUCCUUCCUAUCUUCUCCUCCACGCACCUCGAUGCAAUACCUGUAUUUAGCCUCACCCAUGCUAUACGGACAUUGGUCACUUCUCGUUGCGACACCGUCCUCAGCUGGGAGCAGCUUCGAUCUCCUCAGGUUUCACAAUUCCUCCUCAAGCCAGUCGAGCAAGAGAUCCGCAGGACCCACCUGAACGCUGCGACUCACUAUGCCCUAAUGGCAAACUGCUUGCAAUAUGGCAAAGAGGCUGCAUUAUAUGUUGGCAAUAGCGGCACUAACAAGACCCGAGGAAUGGUUUGCGAACUACUUGCCAUCAGACUGCUCAAGGACUACUCCACUCGCGACUUGAUUGACGCAUUAUCUUACGACUUUGACCCUCUGCAAGGCCAAUUCGAAACUACUGGUCAGGACAUGGAAGGGCGCCGCGGGACCGCCCUAUCUACGAAGCUUCCUCAACGGCCGGCUAGAAUAUCUUGCUUCGAAAUUGCGAUUCGUGCGCAAGCCAAAAAGUUUCUGUCGCACCCGACCGUGGUCAAGCAGCUUGAAGCGAUCUGGGCAGGCACCAUUGUGUUCCACUCGGCGGCCGAUAAUUUGCAUCGAAAGUUCGCAUUCCCCGGGCAGCUGAGGAGCUAUGGCACAACUGAAGCCGAAGCUGGUCCUAAAUACAGAGCGAUAAGCUUUGACAAGGCGCUCCCUCGUCGGACUGUCACGCUCUAUAACCCUCGCGAUGCUUCUCUAUUCAAAAUGUCCCGCCUGAGGGUUCCCCGCUACAGGAACAUCUUGUCCACCUUGUCCUUUGCCGUUCUCCUGAGUCUUUUUGUUGCCGUUCUGGUCGAGCGGUCGCUAGAGAUAUCAACGCUCGAGGUCGUCUUCUGGUUCUGGGCAGCUGGUUAUAUGCUCGAUGAAAUUGUUGGCUUCACCGAGCAGGGCUUCAGCCUGUACCUGGCCAGUUUCUGGAAUGUCUUUGAUCUCGGAAUUCUGCUCAUACUGUUUGUCCACCUGGCCUUGCGGAUUUACGGAAUUAUCAUGCCGGACGUGAAGAAACAUACUGUGGCAAACAUGGCUUACGACAUUCUUGCCGCAGAUGCCAUCCUCCUGUUUCCACGACUGUUUUCUGUCUUGGACCACUAUCGAUAUUUCUCGCCUCUGCUCAUCGCUUUUCGAUACAUGGCUGCCGAUCUCGUUGCAGUAUCACUGCUCAUUGUAAUAAGCUGCAGUGGCUUCUUCGUGGCUCUUACGCUGUCCUUUGGCGAAGACGGCAUCGAUUCUCCCAGCUCGGUAGCUUAUGCUCUGCUGCAAAUGCUCAUGGGCUUUACACCUGCCGCGUGGGACAGAUGGUCCAGCUACAACCUUCUGGGCAAGACGAUUCUGACAUUGUUCCUGUUCAUCUGCCAUUUCCUCGUGGUCACGAUUCUGAUCACCGUACUAACAAACUCAUUCAUGGCCAUCGUUCAAAACGCCAACGAAGAGCACCAGUUCCUUUUUGCGGUCAACACGAUAUCUCAUGUCAAAUCAGAUGCUCUUUUUUCGUAUGUCGCGCCGACAAACAUCCUUCAGUGGCUGCUCGUCCCACUAAGAUACUUUGUCCCCUUCCGGCAGUACGUGAAAAUCAACCGUACGAUGAUCAAAAUCACCCACUUUCCGCUGCUGUUUACCAUCUUCAUGUACGAGAAGACAGUCCUCCAGUCCACUGCGUUCGAUAGCAUUGAUCUUGUGGAACAUCGAGGUCGCAAGCGGACUACUACGAAGUUCAGUCGCCUUCAUCGAGCGCCUUCAAUUGCGACUUUCCGGCAGGACAAGGCUCUGGAGGAAGUUUUCAGACGGCCGUUUGACAGUACAGUACCAGGUGCACCAAAACGUCGAAGAGCGAGCAACGUCGUCAGUACCUGGAUGAAGGGCAUGGGCGACGACGGGGCGAGCCCUCCACAAGAGCAAGAUAGGCGGGUUGUUGACAGAUUGGAAGCCAGAGCCAUUGGGUCAAAAUUGAUGCCUCCUUUCAACCGAGUUCGCACAAUUUCUCGGCGUACCAUAUCGGCGAUGUCUGACCCGGAGGACUUCGCAACGAACGCCGACCUUGUGUCUGUGGACGAUACAAAUGCAAUUCAUGAUUACACAGCUCCGUCUGCAAUAGAGCCCCCUGCUCACGCCACAGAUGCCGAGGAGGCAUAUGGGGAUGAUGAGUUGCCCACCAACGACGAAGGCGAUGAGGAUGAGACUACUACAUUCGAUCAUCGCUCGCCUGAUAUCAAGCCUCCGGAGUCGCAGGCUGAUGUUAUUCGGCCUCGUGAAGAUUUCCAAAGUAACGAUGAACUUGGAACUGCCACACCGCGCUCGGCUGGCUUGUCGGUAUCUGUCCUUCGGACAAGACGUGGUGGUACUGGUUCAGGAAGAAGCUCGCCUGCGCACUCAUUACAAAAGCACCGGCCUCGACAGCAUUCACGCAAUGUCUCGUCUGCAACCAUGAUUUUCAAGCCGACGAACGAUACCAGCACGGAACAGUCGUCCUCGGCAGGAGGAGCCAUCGCAGUCCCUGGUCAGGCACACACAUCGCUACCAACCUCCGGAGCGCGGACGCCUAUAUCAAAGCCGGUUUCAAGUGCUGCGGGCCAACGGUCUCCCAAGCGAACAGCUGCAGGGCCCAUACGAGUGAGACCUAUAUUUCCCAGUAAAGACGACCCAGCAUUCCGCUCUGCGCCAAACCUCUCUCAUCUCUUGGAAACGAAGGGGCGACCGAGUCCUGCGCGACGUAGGCCAUCACUUGAGAUGGACCUCGUGUCAGACAUUGGAGACAAUCGGGCAAUAGGUGGUGGUUACGUGGGUGCUCUUCCAGCAUCCUUUGCUGCGCAAAUGAAGAAGGAGAUGGUCGAGUCGCGACAUGUGCGCGCUCAAAAGCAAGAGCAAGAGCGGUUCACCAAGAUUAUGAUGGCUCGAAUGAACAGUCUCGAGGAGGGCUUUAGGGAUGUGAUCCACGAGAUGCGGGACCACAUGAAACAGGAGGAUAGGAGCCGAAGCCCAGAAAGAGUACAAAGACCCAACACCGGACAAAAGAGGCUCAGAGGCAAGGAGACAUACCGACCGUCAACUGCGGGAGGGGACAAGGAGAAUGUCGAUCCUGGGAACGUCCAAGUCGUCAGGAGAGACGAAGUAGGUCAAGAAGGACGACGUGGAAGUCAGACGGAAGAGAUGGUUUUGAAGAGACCGGACAAUUCCAUUGAGCCCAUCGAAAGGCCGGCGUCGCGUUGAAUGGGUUUUUAGGACGCUCAUGUGCGUUUAGCGGCAUUUUUGUACACAAGGCGCUUGAUCGUUUAUUGCCAGGUAGCGCGUGAGACCUUUAAAGAGCAGCGUGUUGACUGGAGAUGUCUCUUUUUGGGCUCGAGCAAUAUAGAGCUUGUAUAAUACUGAUCUUGUGAUUAACA